UUCUCUCCGUUCCUGCUGGUUUCAGUUUGAAGCAUUCUGGCGAAUUCCUUUCCUGGAAUCUGCUGUUUCCAGGACCCGCGUCUGAAGCGAGCCAGUGGGAAGGCGCAGGGAAGGCGCAGAGUGGGCCAGCGAACAAGUGGGCACCUGUGGAAUUCGCGUCCUGCAGGUCAUUUUUGAGAACUUUUUUUUUUUUUUAAUCUUUAACAAGGCAUUGAAAACAUUUUAGGCAGUGGCUGCCCGGAUUGUCGUUGACACGGAGUAAUUGGAUAUUUGAAAAAUGAGGCGAAACACGGCAGCGGCCAGUGCAGGGCCCGAGGAAUAAUCUGCCUUGGUGGGGAAUGGGCGGCCCAUUCAGUUUCCCUGCCCCCCAGUAGGUGGUCGUGCGGCCAGAUUGCUUUGUUUGGGGGCAGCAGAUAAGGAACCGCUUUCCUCGCUUUCCUCUCCUCGCCCGCCCCGGCUCUCUGGGAGGAAGAGACUCUGAUUGUGGAAAUCGGGGCCCUUUUGUGAGAGGAUGUUUGUGGGGGGGGGGGCUGCACAUCUGCUGCCGGUCCUGCCUGAGGAACGUUGACAUCACUGUCACACCAACAUCAAUACACAGGAAAUGGAGAAAGGCACGGCAGAAUGUGAAGCCGCUCUCCGGGGAGAACCCAGGAUGCAGACGCUGCCCGUGACCUCUGCCCUGAGCGGCCACCGCACCGGCCCCGCGCCCAUCAGCCCCAGCAAGCGCAAGUUCAGCGUGGACCUGGGGCCCGACGAGCUGGAGUGUGAGGGCGACCACGCCUCCAAGAUGAGCCGCAUCUUCAGCCCCCAGCUAAACAAGACGGCCAACGGCGACUGCCGCAAGGACCCCCGGGAGCGCAGCCGCAGCCCCGUGGAGCGCGCCGUGGCCCCCGGCCUGGGCCUGCACGGGGGCCGCCUCUUCUCGCCGCCCAGCCUCGGCGCCGAGCUGCCCCUCGCCCUGACCAAGAACAGCAGCGACGUGGGCCGCGCCCCGGGCCUCCCGCCCUCCGCGGGCGAGCGACAGCAGAACCGGCCCUCGGUGAUCACGUGUGCGUCCGCCAGCACCCGCAACUGCAACCUCUCGCACUGCCCCAUCGCGCACAGCGGCUGCGCGGCCGGGCCGGCCAGUUACCGGAGGGCGCCCACGUCCGCCACUGCCUGCGACCCCGUGGUGGAGGAGCACUUCCGCCGGAGCCUGGGCAAGAACUACAAGGAGCCCGAGCCCGCGCCCAAUUCCGUGUCCAUCACGGGCUCCGUGGACGACCACUUCGCCAAGGCCCUGGGCGACACGUGGCUGCAGCUGAAAGCGGCCAAAGACGGCGCGUCCAGCAGCCCCGAGUCGGCCUCCCGCCGCGGCCAGCCGGCCAGCCCCUCGGCCCACAUGGUCAGCCACGGCCACUCGCCCUCCGUGCUCUCCUGAAGGGGCGCCCGCCCGGAGACUCCGCCUGCAUGGUUUGCCUGAGCUUCUGAACAGUCCGUGCUUUAAAAAAAAAAGAGAAAAAGAAAAGAAAAAGGAAAAAAGAAAAAAAAUUUAAAAAACCCAACAAAAAUCGCGGGGUGGGAGGGCGGGAGGGAGGGGAAGGGGCUCAUCCGCAAGGACCCUGUUGGGAUUCUGCCCUUCUGUCGGGCUUGGGAUUGUGGGGCCGCACCCCGACAGCAGGGCCUGCGCGGGGCAUUCGAGCCUCCUGCCUCGGUCACCAAAGAACCGUCUCCUGCCGCCGGCUGCCCACUGCGGACCCGGGGCCGGCCCGAGCCCGGCGCGUACGCGCGCGUGUCCGUCCGUGCGCGCCUCCCCAACCCGGUGGGUGCGUGCGCGCGUCCCCAGCCCAGCGGGUACUCGUGUCCGACUGUGCGCGCAUCCCCAGCCUGGCGGAUGCGCAUGGCCACCUGUGCGCGUGUCCAUCUGUGCACGUGCCUGUCCGUGCGCGCGUCCCCUGCCUGGCGGGUGUGCAUGUCCACCUCAGCGCACGCGUCUGUCCGUGCGCGCGUCUCCGGGAAGCGCAGAGCGCAGCUGGCGCGUCUGAUUUGCACUAAGGAGGCGGGGGGCUCGCUCGGGGGGCUUGGGGGUGGCAGUUCCCAUCGCGGGCACUUGCUCGCGCGGCUUUGGGUGUCCACGGCCCGCUUGGGAAGGGGGGGGGGCCCUGCGUGCCAGGUGCUCGCUACUGACCUGCAGCUUCCCGGGCACCGAGGGGGCGCCGCCGGCCCCUCGGGGGCGAAAUAGCUGGUUUCUAUUCGUGCCCCCAGCCCCGGUUUGGUGGCCCCCGUCACCGUCAGAGACACACUCACUGCUGGUCCAGUUGGCGACGGGAGGCCCCUGGGGAGGCCAGGGGCUCGUGCUCGGGCCGGCGGCCCUCUCCGCACCCCCCCCCCCCGCCGCCCGGCUGCUUAGGGGUCCCUCCCCGGGGUGCGGGGACCUUCUCCCCCGCCGCCCGGAUCGCGACAAUCCGUGCUUGGGCGCGCGCGCUCCCGUGGGCGCCCGUGUACAUUCCUGUGCCUGGGUGCAGUUAACCCUGUAUUAUCGCUCGCGUAGGUUUAGCUACUAACUAGAAGUUAGGCGGCGGGGGAGCGCGGCUGACAAAGCUGGGGGCUGGAGGGGACCACCGGCGGCUCCUCUGGGGCCAGUGCGCGGCCCCACCCGGCUACAUUCCGGCCGCCCUGCGAGGUCACGGCGGGGCCAGGCGCGGCCUCCGGACUCCAGGGGGCUGGCUCUCAGGAGGGACCCUCGCAGGCGGCCGCCGGGUCUGGGGGCCGGGGGGCGGCGGGAGGCAGGCGGUGCUUGCGGGGGGUCUCCCGCCCCGCUUAUAUUUCACGCCCCCACCGGGCUUCCCGGCUCGCGGAGAACUUUUUUAUAUAGGUGACUUUAAGACCAUCAUUACGCUGUGCGUAAGGAAUGUACAGAGAAAUUUGUAGGUAUUUUUUGAAGAACAAUUAAUUUGUUAAUGAUAUGUAGCUAUUUAAUUUUUCCCAUUCCUAUUGUAAUCAUUCAUUUUUUUUGUUUGUUUGGAAAAAAAAAAGUUGAUCUUUUUUUUGUCGUAGAUUUGUCUGACAGUGCAGGAACACAGUUAUUCUAUGAGAACACUGCGUCUGCCUUACUCGCUGCAGGCCGCGGGAGCCGUGGCCGGGCCGGGCGCCCCCCGAACCCCCAGUGGCCAGCGGGUGGGCUCGGGCGCCAGGCCAGCAUCUGGAUAGGCGGGUCCCCUGGAGGGGCCUGGGGGGUGGGGGUGGGCGCCCUCCGUGUGUGUAAAUAUACCAUUCGCUGUGGCCUGUUUUUCCUGGAAGAAGAAGAAAAAAAAGGUUUGGCAGGCCAUCUUUUUUUUUUUGUACUUAAAAGUAGCCUUAAGAACAAUUAAUAAAGUGCUCUUAAACCACAA